CCCCCUUCUUAAAAAUGGGGUCUGCAUUCUGUAAUGUUCUCUCACACGUCCCAUCUCCUUCUCUCUCUCUCUAUCUCUUCGCUCUUCUUUGGUAUGGAAUCAGUUAGUCGGCGAUCAUCUGUUGCUGUUUAUGAACUAAUCGCCGAGUAAUUCAAUAAUGCCAACCGCAUUUUAACUUCGCUUCUGCUUUCAACGACGCCGUCUUUUUUCAGUUCUUGCCUCUCCUCCUCCUCCUCCUCCUCCUCCUCCCUCCGGGAAGGAAAGAUUACGACGUUUUUUGUUAUUUUCAUUUGUCUUUAAAUAUUCGAAACUCCUUUUGUUUGUGGUAAAGGUCGUAAUUCUUACCUUCGGUUCAGUGUUUUGAUCGGAUCGAUCUCCACCGUUGGAUUUGAUUACUUUGGGGUGGCGAUAAGAAACGCUGACCGAUGAUUUUGGUUUCGAAGCUGAGAAGUUGAUUGUUUAUUUAUUUUUUGUUUUAUUUUUAAAAAGGUUUCUGAGUCAAAGCUGAAUUCGACAAGAAAUUAAGACGAAAUGCUAGAUCUUAACCUCAAUGCCGCGUCGACUGAGUUGACUCAGGACUCCGACUCGGCUGCUCCUUUCACCGAUAAGUUCAAUGAAGGUUCUGGGAACCAAAUGGAUGAAUCCGGAACCUCGAAUUCCUCUGUAGUCAACGACGACGACGAAUCGUGCUCCACACGCGCCAACGGAGACGCGUUCACUCUAAGUUUCGACAUACUCAGAGUCGGAAGUGGCGGAAGCGAGUACCCAAACGACGACGCAGCCAUGGUGGUUACUAAGGAGCUGUUUCCUGUGAAGGGAGUUGGAGGGGAUUUUGGAAGUUGUGAAGGGCAAAGCUCUGGAAAUGGUAACAACAACAAAUGGAUCGAUCUUUCGUUCGAGAGGAAAGAAGCUGGUGAACCGCGGAUGAUGCAACAACAAGCUUCACAGACGGUGAAGAAAAGCCGUCGAGGACCUCGCUCUAGAAGCUCACAGUAUCGAGGAGUUACUUUCUAUAGAAGAACUGGACGAUGGGAAUCCCAUAUUUGGGAUUGCGGGAAACAAGUAUAUUUGGGAGGAUUUGACACUGCUCAUGCUGCAGCUAGAGCUUAUGAUCGAGCGGCUAUCAAAUUUCGAGGUGUUGAUGCUGAUAUCAAUUUCACUCUCAGUGAUUAUGAGGAGGAUAUGACACAGAUGAAGAAUCUCACCAAGGAAGAAUUCGUGCACAUUCUUCGUCGCCAGAGUACUGGUUUUUCCAGGGGAAGCUCAAAAUAUCGAGGGGUGACGCUGCACAAAUGUGGCCGAUGGGAAGCACGGAUGGGGCAAUUCCUAGGCAAAAAGUAUAUUUAUCUUGGGCUAUUCGACAAUGAAGUAGAAGCUGCAAGGGCUUAUGACAAGGCAGCUAUCAAAUGUAAUGGAAGGGAGGCGGUCACCAACUUUGAGCCGAGUUCAUAUGAAGGGGAGAUGACCUUUGAUACCAGUAAUGAAGAUGCUGUUUAUGCAGGCAAUGAUCACAACCUUGAUCUGAACCUGGGGAUAUCUCCACCUGUUGGCAAAGGUCUCAAGGAAAAUGAGGGGCAUCUCCAUUUCCAUACUGGCCCUUAUGACAUGCAUGGUGCAAAGAGUUUGAGGGCAGAGAACCCUUGUGCUGCAACAGUGGGUGGUCCACCUAUCAAAGGACUAGUGGGGGCAUCAGAUCAGCCUAUUUUUUGGAAUAGUGGAUAUCCUAGAUUCUUUCCUAGUGAGGAAAGAGCAACGGUGAAACGAGUUGAAUUAGGCCCUCCGCAAGGUCUCCCCGAUUGGGCAUGGCAAACGCAUGGUCAGGUCAGUGUUACGCCAAUGCCACUGUUCUCUACUGCAGCAUCAUCAGGAUUCUCGUUCUCGGCUACCCCUCCCUCUGCUGCCAUUCUCCCGUCGAGACCUCUCAACCCAACAACCCACAGUCUAUGUUUUGCCUCACCAGGUGCGACCAGCACCCCGCAGACCUAUUUUCAUAUCAAGCCACCACAGGCACCACCUUAGCCCUGCUUCUCAUCAUUUUUCAUUGGAAACGCAAUGACAAGAGCAACGGUAUUAAGUUUUAAUUGUAUGAUCGACGAUUCAAAAUAUUUUAUUGAUAUACCCUUUUAAGACAUAAUUUCUGACUUGUUUGAUAAAACUAAGAAUACUGCUCUGUCGGAUGUAUAUCGGUUUCUAGAAAAUGCUAAUUGGAUUCCUGUUUGUCUA